AAUAGUAGAUUUUUUUAGCUUUUCAGAUUAUCUCUUUCGUUUCAAGUUGAAUUUUUUCCGACGGUGUCCACAGCAACGUAAGGAUUUAAAGUUUACAUUUUAAACGAGUACCAAUAGGAUAGUGGCGCGCUCUACCGGCGAAUGUUCUGUUCCCUAGACGGAGACCAUUCGUUUUUAACAUGAUCUGUACUGCAGUACAUCAAACACAUGUAGAAAAACGCCGGGAACAGUUGAUGUGCGUUUGUGGUUAGUGUUCGUUUAUAAAAUCGUAAAGUUAAAACAAAUCGAAGCCUUCCAGUGUUACCCAGGACAUUAACAACUAGCAAAAGUCUGUGGACGUACUGAGCAACGUUUCUAAAAUGAGUGAAGCAAAAACAGAAGACUUGUGGUAUCCAUACCGAGACUUGUUCGAUACCGUAAACAAGCAUUUAACGUCCGAAAAUAAUGAUCCUAGCACGUAUGGUGACUUCGAGAAGGUCCUGCGAAAAUGCCGACAGAGUUUCUUUUCAUUACUACACAAUCUGCCCAAAAACCAAAAACAAAGGGAAGAGCUGAAGAAGGGACAAGAAGAUGGAAUUGCUAUCAAAGGCAUUGGCCAUCAUGUGCUUUCCAAGGAACUCUUUCAGGAGGUCACAAUCAUCUCAGACAUGUAUGAUAUGAAUGAAUAUGUGGCUUUGGAUUUGCUAUGCACUGCACAAAUGCAACUACCUUACUUUCUUGAUCUACCAAGAGGUUUAGUAGCUAUUGCAUUAUAUUAUGAUGGCAGGAAAUACUUAGUUUCCACUUUGAGGAUGUUACUUCAGGCAAGAACUGGCGUUUCUUGGGCUAUGAGUUUGCCACCAUCAAUUCAAAGAUUUAUAAAUUCUUACACAGACCAACUACUUGAGAAUGGCUUGAUAACUAGAAUUCUAGAAUUGCUUAAAUCAAUGGAUCUGACUAAAGAACUAGAAUUACUUCAGAAUAACUUAGCGCUUGGUGGACCAACUCACCGGAAACAAAUAACAGACACAUUCAACUCAAUCAAACUAUUGCUGGCUGAUUGUUUGUUUAUUCUAUCAUGUCAGAGUGGAUUAAAUAAAUCUUCAAUGUUGGCACUCAUACAACAUUUGAAAGAAGUGAAACUUGAAGAAGAAGCAUCUGGAAAGUUGGAUAAUGUUACACUGUAUUUGAUCAUGGCGUUAACUUACGGUGUAGAUUUAAGUGUGUUGCAUACUCGAGAAGAUGGCGAAGAAGUUGUGCAAAAAUUGCCGAUUUUAGCGGAUCCAACACUGAUUACAACGCUUACGAAAGAGCUAAGCCCGAAAAAUUCGACAUGGCAAUGCGAGGGACUUCAAGCUGUGGCUGCUUUUGCGUUUUCUGUUUGUUUAUCAUCCCUGCGGAGUGUUAGCCAAGGCCAAAAUAUGCAGAAUUUGGUAGAUCAAGAAGAUGAAUUAAUCGAUGCGGCAAUUGUGAUGAACGUAUUCGACUUCAUGGCGGUGAAAUUCCUCGACAACGACCAGUUUUUCCAGGAGGAAUUCAUGGUAAAACGUGUGCAUCAUUUGUUUUGCGAUUUCGUGGUGCAAAUGUAUCCGAAAAUCAAAGAUUUGCGUCUUAAAGCUGACGAAACAGCGAAAACAAUUCAGUCGUACCUUCACGAAGGUUUAGAAUUACCCGCGAAUUUAUCGAGGUACUUUGAAAGUCUUCUCAAUGCUCUGGCGAAACUCUACAGCAAGGAUCCAAAUAAAUUGGAGUUAAUGAUGGAUUAUUGGUGUCCCAUCGACAGCACACACAAUCUGGCUCAUUAUAGGACACAUCCAAGGUCAGUGGCAUUGUUUAAAUUUGUCCGGCUUGCUGGAGACAUGUUGCCGCCAUCUUUGUUUGUUCAUUACUUGAAUUUUUUGCGUGCGUUGUGUAAUUGUCAGCAAGGCGCACGUAAUUGUUUCAAUAUGUUAAAACAACCAUCAGGGUAUAAUAAUACUGUCAGUUGGGAUCAUUUCUUUAUGUCUUUCAAUCAAUACAACGCCAAUUUGAAACAGGAUUUACCGCCUGUAUCAGAAUCAAUAUACAGACAUAGUAGACUUUAUACCAAGGGUAUAACACCGCAGGAAAUCGAAGGUUUGCAUGCGGUACUCAUGUUGAUGAAAACAGUGAGUGAUAAUGAUGAUUUUUCUCGACUUGCGCUAUGUGAACAUCCCGGUUGGGCACCAUUAAAUGUCCUCCUGGGACUUGUCAGUUGUUCCAUACCGAUUCCACUGAAAGCGGACAUGUUGCAAGUCUUGGCGUCACUGGCGAAGUCAAAGGAGAUAGCAGCGCAGAUCUGGAACAAUCUGGAAACUUCCCAGAUUCUUGUAACGAUUCCAUCAACAUCUAGCUAUCAACCGAGGGGAAUACAAACUGAAUUAGAUGAAGUCGAAUCUCGUUUGGAGGAGUAUCCAUUAACAAGAGCUUUCUUGACUUUGAUAGACAUUUUAACGAAUUCAGGAAUACCUAGGACUUUGGGUGCUGGACCACGACAACCUGGUUUUGAUCCGUAUCUCUUCUUCAUCGUAAACUCGGUGUUUUUGAAGUUUAACAGUCGCAACUAUAAAAAUCCAUCAGAAAAAUGGGAGAUUGCUGCACUUUGCAUAAAAUUAUUCGAUAAAUUUCUCACGGUUUAUGAACCUGAAGGCACUGAUUUUCCAAACAUCAACAAACAGAAUGAGUUUAACUCUCCGCCGGGUUUUCAUCUCAUGUUACAACUCCAUUCGAAAUCGGAGUUGUUCAAUGGACUUCUAUUUGUUAUCAACGAAGGUAAUAAAGUCUACGAUGCUUGCGUGCCUUUCCCAGGUGAAAAACAUUUGGAUACUGCGACUUAUCACGCGAUGUGCAUUAUAGACAGAUGUUUGAGAUUACAAUCGAAGUUUUUCAAUCUUCUAACAUCGUCCAGCAGUCCGGUACUGUUGGUAAACAUGCAUAAGUUACUCUUGACACUCAACCCUCAAUCCGGACGCCCAGAUUAUAUCUUAAACAUUGUGAAAUAUUUGAAUUAUCAAUCACAACUUCCGAAACAAUGUCUUGUUGCUUUGAAGAUUCUGCGAGCGUUGACUAGUUCACAGUUAACACACAGUCAGAUUAUGAAUAUUCUUCUUUCAAGUAAUCAAGAGAAGGUUUACCUUCACGGAUUUGUUAAAUGUCUGGAUGAAGUCCUCGAUGAUGAAAAUGAGUAUAUUGCUUUAACGAAGAAAGAGAUUUUUAGUUUAUUGCAUCAGUGCCUGCCGUAUAACUCGCCGAACUUAAGUCAGUUUUUAUUUGGUUUUGAUCUGCAGAGAGAUGUGAGUACUACUGUUUUUCAACUGCCUGGUGUGUUGAAUACGCCGAGAUCUUGUAUUCAUUCACUAUUAACUCUUUUGCGACACAUUCUCCUUGGACGGUUGGAACAAGAUCAGAGUAUUAUUGAAGAAUGUUAUCACAUGUUGUAUUCUCUGUGUUCAAACCCGAAAACGGCGGAUCCUGUCUUGCGUUUAAUCAGAAGUCAACUUGUUUUUAAGAAACACAUCAACUACUGCCAUCAUAAUUAUACAAAUGGUAUACAUGAAUUGAACAAGAUGUCUUGGUUAUUAAAAACAUUGGCGAUUGAAUUACGCCUGGCAUGUUGUAACAAACAGAUUGUUAAUCUGAAACAGAUUACUUCUGUCCUCGUUGGGCUGCCGGCCGAAGCGCAGCCGGAUUUCUUUGAUUUGAGUGAGAAAACCGGCGAACCACGCACUGAAGACUUUGUUAUGACUAUUGAACACUUGAAACAAGACAAUUUCUUGGUGAAACUUAUCGCUAACUUUGAUUUAAGUAUGCAGAAGAUAGUCGCACCCGAAUGGGGUUUCUUUGAUCAGAAUUCCCUUGAAAAUUACCUUGCUGGUUGCGAACAGGAAGGUAAUCCGAAGCUAAUUGAUAUUAAAAGAUUACAUCGCAAUUUGAUUGAGGAAAUUACCGCCGCACAAGGGACUACAGCGCUUGGACAACGCCAGGCCAUGAUGGAUGAGUUACAGAAAGUGUUGCUACAUGCUGUUAACAUCAAUAAUUCACGAAAAACUGCUGCAGUAGCGAAAUUCGUUGAUGCUUGGAGACAAGUCGUACAGGUGAUGAUUACCUACCUUCCAAUUGAGAUUAUCGCACCCAAGGACCAAGUUUUACUCCAGAUUUAUCUCCUGGAUGUUAUUUUGAAUAAGAGUGUCAAACUUGUGCUACAACCUGAUGUUGCCAAUUAUCUCUCAGGGACUGUCAUGUUAUUGAUCGAAAACAUGAGAAAGAGUCACAUUAAAGAUCAGAAAUUCAAUCAGAUGUUGUUCCAUGAUAAACAAUACGAUACGAGGAGUAUGAUUGAUUUGAACAUGCCUCUGGUUCGUACGAUUUUGAAUAAUCUUGUGCAAUGGAUUAUCAUCUCAGAUAAUCAGUCGCAGAAGUUGCGGAUUAAUUUAUACGCCGCCCUCGCGACUUUCUUGCAAUUGAUUCACGUGAUUGACGACCCGAAGGAAAACAAAGUCAAUGAUAGUUUGUAUGUCAGCCGUUUGGAUAACUCAAAGUUUCGAUUACAGGAUGAGAUAUCAUCUGUGUAUAUUUCCUCUCAUGUUCUAUCAAAUUUUGGAGAAAAGUUGAUAGAUGUAUUUUGUUAUGAUUGUACAGGCGGGCAGGAAAUUUGUAAAAUGUUGGCAUUAUCAUGCUUCAGUUUAUUGUUGGGGUUGAGCGGAAGCGUGAAUUGGAUUGGUCACAUGGCCGGAAGAGGAUAUCUCAAACAUAUUAUUGAAAGUAUACUGAAAAUGGAUAAAGAUCUUCGAGAUGUUCUUGAACCACUACCGGAGAGUUUGAAGAGCAUUUAUUUGUUUGAUGCUAAGAUGUCUUUUCUUGCAAGAAUUGCUACAACACGAAUUGGAUCAGAAUUAUUAUUGGAACAUAAAAUUUUCACGGUAUUGUCGACGAUGAAAGUGUUUGAUUUCCAUCCGGAGUUAUCUAAACAUUUACAGGAUGAUGAUGAGGAUCAUUUGAUUAUGACCGUGCAACAGAGAUAUCUACAAAUAUGGGAACCUAGUUUAUAUCUCUGCAACGCCAUGUUGACUAGUUUGGGAACCGAUCAUCAAGCCGCAGUUACUCAAAUCAUCAAUUUCCUCUUGAACCACUUAGACGUGAUUGAAUUGGUGUUGCGUUCGGCAAAUCCGUCGUUGUCGCUGGAAUCUCUAAAGGAAAUAUCAAUGGUGACUUCUAUCAUCGCCCGAACUGCAAAUAAUGAUGUGUUGAGCACGUUUGAUAACCAGAUUGUUGAUGGUCAGCCGAUUAACAAUCGGUCACAGUUGUGUCGUGUACAAAAACUGAUGCUGGCAUUGGUUCCGAAAUUCAUUCUUCAAGAGAGUAUCCUACGAGAAUUGUUGUGUGAUCCACACAAUGAGAAAGCAUCAUACAAAACAUCAGAGAGAUUAUCCUACGCGCUGGAAAUCAUCGGAAAUCUUCUCUUGUAUUGUAGAAAUAUCAUUCAGAGUAAUGGAAUUGAUCAUGAUAGUGUCGGAGUUGUCUUACAACCGACAUUAAAUGACAGUCUUUUGAUUGGUGUAAACGGCGCCAAUAAAAAGAACUACAAUGAUCAUUCGCCGUCGCUGGGAGUUGUUGUUCAAGAGUUAAUCAACAAUGUCAAUUACUACCAUAAAGAGAGAGGUACUUUGGACUUUUUACAACGUAAAGAGAAUGAAAUACCUGGUUUAGAUGCGGUGGAUUUAAAGGAGUUUGGAGUCGGUGAAGGGUUUGAUGUAAGCAUUAUGCGAGAUGAGGCGCUGGAGAUGAUCAGUGCUAAACUGGUGAUGAAAAAGCACGAUAUUGAUCAUUGUUUGUUAAUCAUCGAGCAUGCUAUGUACAUCAUUUGGGCACAUUUGAACUAUUACAUGCUCAAAGCCAUUCCAAAAGCGAAAAGUUAUGGUUUAAAUGUGACGAAUUCAGCCUUAAACAUGAACAGUACCUUAGCUUCAUCGUCAGAAGCAAUGUGGAGGGUGACCACAGAUGACAUCAGUAAUUUAAAACAAGGAUUGGUUUCUAUCUUUAACGAUAGUUUUUGUAGGAGACUUAUUGAGACUUCACAGGGUCGUUCGCAAGCUGAUGCAGGAUUUAUGGAUGUCCUUUUGCGUAAAAUCAAACGCCUUAUUCAAUUCGUCCCUGUGCGAUAAGGUAUUUUUAUUACAAACAUUUUGGUAAUAACUUUACAAGUUUUUUUUAUAAUAAACUAUAGAUAUAAUGAACUAA